AUGUGGCCUGUCCCAGGAUGCUGGAGGCAAGGGCUCCUGGGCCCACGUGGAGCCCUGGCAUGUGCAGUGCUGGGGCAGCGCCAGUCUCCAGGGAGCCGAGCUGUGGCUAGCACGGGCACUAGUGCCCAAGCCGAGUUCAGCUACGUGGUGGUGGGUGCAGGCUCCGCGGGCUGCGUGCUGGCCAGCCGGCUCACGGAGGACCCUAGUGAGCGGGUGCUGCUGCUGGAAGCGGGGCCCAAGGACACAUUAGCAGGGAGCAAGCGGCUCUUGUGGAAGAUCCAUAUGCCUGCGGCCCUCGUGGCCAACCUGUGUGAUGACAGGUACAACUGGUAUUACCAUACUGAGUCGCAGUCAGGCCUGGAUGGCCGCGUGCUGUACUGGCCACGGGGCCGCGUCUGGGGGGGCUCCUCCUCCCUCAAUGCUAUGGUCUACAUUCGUGGGCAUGCUGAGGACUAUGACCGCUGGCAGCGUCAGGGCGCCACGGGCUGGGACUAUGCACACUGCCUGCCCUACUUCCGCAAGGCGCAGAGCCACGAGCUGGGGGCCGGCCGGUACCGUGGUGGCGAGGGCCCACUGCGUGUGAGCCGGGGCAAGACCCAGCACCCACUACACCAGGCCUUCCUGCAGGCGGCACAGCAGGCCGGCUAUCCCUUCACUGAAGACAUGAACGGCUUUCAGCAGGAAGGCUUUGGAUGGAUGGACAUGACCAUCUACGAAGGCAAGCGCUGGAGCACGGCCUGUGCCUACCUGCACCCAGCACUGAGCCGCCCCAACCUCAGAGCUGAAGCCCAGACCCUCGUGAGCAGGGUGCUAUUUGAGGGCACCCGGGCGGUGGGUGUGGAGUACCUCAAGAAUGGCCAGAGUCAUAGGGUGUAUGCCAGCAGGGAGGUGAUCCUGAGUGGGGGUGCCAUCAACUCUCCACAGCUGCUUAUGCUCUCAGGCGUCGGGAAUGCAGAUGACCUCAAGAAACUGGGCAUCCCUUUGGUGUGCCACCUGCCUGGAGUUGGCCAAAACCUGCAAGACCACCUGGAGGUAUACAUUCAGCAGGCAUGCAUCCACCCCAUCACCCUCCACUCAUCCCAGAAGCCCCUGCGGAAGGCCUGCAUCGGUCUGGAGUGGCUGUGGAGAUUCACAGGGGAAGGAGCCACAGCCCAUCUGGAAACUGGUGGGUUCAUCCGCAGCCGGCCUGGGGUCCCCCACCCAGACAUCCAGUUUCAUUUUCUGCCGUCUCAAGUGAUUGACCAUGGACGGGCCCCCACUCAACAGGAAGCUUACCAGGUGCAUGUGGGGACCUUGCGGGAAACGAGUGUGGGCUGGCUCAAAUUGAGAAGUGCCAAUCCCCAGGACCACCCUGUGAUCCAGCCCAACUAUUUAUCAACAGACACUGAUAUUGAGGACUUCCGUCAGUGUGUGAAGUUGACCAGAGAAAUUUUUGCACAGGAAGCCCUGGCUCCAUUCCGGGGGAAAGAGCUCCAGCCAGGAAGCCAUGUCCAGUCAGAUAAAGAGAUAGAUGCCUUUGUGCGGGCAAAAGCUGACAGCGCCUACCACCCCUCAUGUACUUGUAAGAUGGGCCAGCCAUCUGAUCCCACUGCUGUGGUAGACCCACAGACCAGGGUCCUUGGGGUAGAAAAUCUCAGGGUCAUCGAUGCCUCCAUCAUGCCCAGCGUGGUCAGUGGCAACCUGAACGCCCCCACAGUCAUGAUUGCAGAGAAAGCAGCUGACAUUAUUAAGGGGAAACCUGCACUCUGGGACAAGGAUGUUCCUGUCUACAAGCCCAAGACCCUGGCCACCCAGCGCUAA